UUACAGACGUCAAACCCUAGAGUACAGGCAGCCCUUCCAGACAUCAAACUUUUAUCUUUAGAAUUAAGCUUAAGUGCACUAUUAUCUUUAGAAUUAAACUUUAAGUACACUUUUAUCUUUAAAAUUAAGCUUAAGUGCUUAACCUGCAAAUCGUAAAACCACAAUAGCUAAUAUUGCAUAAACUUUACCCAAAGUUAUAAAUUAUUCCCAAGUUCGUAAUCGUAAUGUUGGGACGAUAACGUUGAGGUAGAAAAUCAAGAAAAAUAUUGUGAAAAUCUCCCAUAAAGAUGGAUAGUUACAACUGAUAGACAAUGUUAUUAUUUGACCAUUCAGCAUGUUGAAGUAACUGAAUUUAGGGUUCGGUCACACUGGCUAAACUAACUGAAGAACUUGUGAAAAUUAUUUCCAUUCGAGGAAGAAGUUCAGCUAAUAUACAGUAAUAUAUGCCAAUGUUUCUCUAUUCCAAGAAAUGUUUGGCGGAACCAGAGGACGUUCGAAAACCGACGGGACUGAAAAGUCAUUAAGUAUCAAGCAGGAAGCUCCCGAAAUUGAUGAUGGAGAGUCGUACGCUGCUCCAAAACUCAAAAGGGCUAGUAAAAAACUUGACAUCAAAGUUGGAAACAAGAUAGAUGACCAAAAAGUCUCUGUUUCUACUCCAAAGAAUAAGUACGAGAUCAUAUGGAUUGAUGAUGGGAACGCGUGUGAUCCUCCAAACGCCAAGAGGGCCAAGAAACUUGAUAUUAAAACUGAACUGAGAUCUCACACUAAUGAUUAUUCUGUUGGUAUCAAGGAAUCUGGCAAUAACGAUUGGGAUUCAAUCCGAUGUCCGACUCCCCUGACCAAAGAAAUUGAAAUAAUUGACUUAACCGAUGAAUACUCAGCAUUUAAGACUCGUGAAGAGAAGCAUAAUGUUCAAAAAGAGUAUGGGGAGCAAGCCGAAAAAUCCUCUAACAAAGUGUUCGAAGAAGAAUUGAGUGUAAAAAUAGAACCACGAUCACCCAUUUCCGAUUCUCACUGCAUGCAAACAGACGGCGAGUUGGAAUUGAACAUGCCACCUAUAAAUGCCAACCAUUCGGUUAAGAGUGAGGGGCCAUCAGUGACAGCUGUAGUAUUUGUAGCAGCACCUGUUGCCAAAGAUAGCAAUUUGGCGAUAAUUGGAGAAGAUCAGCAUUUAGGAAGAUGGAAAACUCCCCAGGGAAGCUUUGAAAGGAUCAAGGAAAUCGCCAACGAUUUAUGGAUUUUCAAGGGAGUUGUUCCUGCUCCCUCGCUGAUUGGCUCCGAGUUCAAAUUAGUGAAUAUAAGCAACCUUGACCAAAGCAUAGAAUAUGAAGGAGAAGGACUUUGGGAUAACCGUACGGAAGAACUGCUACCCGAUUCGUGGAAUUUUCUCAUUUUCAAAUCAAAGCCGAAAUCUACGAUUGCAAAAUUUUUGGAAGGCUUCAAAAGUUUCAACACCAAAUCAGAGAAAAAAGGAAAAAUAGCUUUUGAAUUCUUCAAUGUAAUUUUCAAUCACGUAGUUGAAAAUGCAAUACCAGAUUGGAACCGUGCGUUUGAAACUCUGGACGAUUGUCUGCGAAAGGUACAACGGGCUACAGGCAGUUGUUCUUCCGAAGCUUUUUGUCAGUUUGUUGACACUUGGUUGGAGAAAACAGAACUUUCAAACGAUUUUGACCAGCUAUUCUUAGUGGUAACAGGCGCCUGCAAGAUGGAUGUUUUUUCUUCAAAAUUAAAAGAAGUUCUGAAAAUUAAAAGCAAAUAUUUUUCGCUUUAUUUGCACAACUUCACCAACUUAAAUCGAAGAAGUCAAGAUCUUGAUGGAAUUCUGGGACACAUUGCCAUACAGGCUGGACCUGAUUUCUGGUGGAUUUUCUUCUGCAUUAAUCGCAUGGCGGAAGUAUCUAGAAGAUUAAAAGAUCAUGAAUUGUCCAAAGCCAUAGAAAAAACCCUGGAGGACAUGCCGAAAGUAUUGCUUGAAAACCCAGAGAAUGCAACUCGAGUCGUAGACUAUUUGAUCCGGCGGAAUGACAUUGACGAUUUGUAUCGUCUGCUACAUCCAGCAUUCGCACAAAAUGCCAACUGCCAACUUUAUUUAAAUAGUUUUCUGCUGCAACGUAUUUUAAUGCAUGCUACCGACAUUGACGGUUCAAAAAGGAUUCUCUGUUCGAAUUUCCUGAAACAAUUGUAUCAAUCUAUCUCGGCUGGAGAAACAACUGAUUUGGAUGAAUCUGGAGAAAACGAUGCCACUGUAUUCCGCAACGCUAUCAAAACAAUCUUCAGCGGUCGCAAUGUCUCUGAUGCGGUACGAUUGGCUUAUGAUUACACCCCGGAUUAUCUGUUGCCAGUUGUGUCGCCCAUUGUCGAGCGAAUUAUCCCUAAGAAAUUAGAAUCAAUCUCAGAGUUCAGCAAAGAAGAUUAUUGCUACUUUGCAAAAAUAGAAGAAAACAGUUGUGACAAUUUCCGUGAAUGCAAACAGCUGAUUAAAGCAAAGUUACUCAAAACGGCAAAGAAGUCGGUGAAAUUGGGUUCGUUUGAUGACGUCCAUUCACUGAGGCUCAUCUUGCUCGCAUUGGCUGAGAUUGAAUGCAUUCCCUAUCUUGAACGAGCAAAACUCGUUGACCUUCAACAAGUCAUUAGAAAAUCGCCUCAAAAAUUCUUCCAAAACUUGGAUUCUGUUUUGAAGAAACACGGUACGUGUAUAGACAAAACCUUGAAACCCUUCCGCAAAGGAGAAACUAGAUUCAUCGUCGAAAAAUUAGAGAAUCAUUUUGAUCUUCUAGAAGAAAUUCUACGCCAACUUUCAAGUCGACGUGUUCAGUUGAUUGAUUUGGAUAGCCUUCAGGAUCCUCAAGUACUGGCUUAUUUAAAGAGUAUCGGCUUUACCGACCGGAAACAAGCUGAACUUCGUCAAGAGAUUGAAGAACUAAGAGGACGCCAUAAAUUGUAUGGCUUGAUCUAUAGCACGUUUGCUCGCUUAACCGUUAUCACCAGUUUACAAGCAAACAGUCAUGAAGAUGCUGAACAUAGCCAAGAAAAUGACAAUGAAUCGGAAAGUAUUCAGGUCCUCGAUCCUAAAGAGUGGGAAGCGGGAUACCUUAAAAUAGUCGAUCCUGAAACAAGUAAUGGAACAACCUUACAAGAUGCAAUGCAGUUGCCGGUGCCCUUGCAAUUAGUGGCUGCCCAGUGGCUGUUCCACGUAAAAGAAUGUACGUUGUUCAUGAGUAAAAUAUGGCAUCCAAUGGUCAAGAGUUGGCAAGGCAUAAAAGGAUGCGCCAUGUUUAUGGAUAAAAUGGAUUCGAUGGAAGUAGAAAUUUAUCCACUGCGCAAGGAAGAACUUAAUGUUUUCGUUUCUGAAUGUGCCACUGAAUGGGUGGAUUUGGCUCGUAGCGUUGCAAACGGAAACGCGUCAUUUCAGGUGAUGGAUGACAUUAUUCAACUACAACCCGAUCCCAACAUUCUUUCACAAGGACACAUGCUUGGUCAGCCGAUCGAAGGUGUUUCAGUGGCAUAUCGGAAUUUCAAAAACCUUCAAGAAAUACGGCACCUGAUAGGUCCUUUCGUAGCAGCCCUGCGAUUCUUCACUAUUCGUCAAAAAGAUCCCAUUAACAAUCUGUACCAUUUUGUUCAGAGUAACUUGUUGGAACACUGGGAUGCCACAACGUUAGCCCAGGUUACACAAAGCGGUAUUCUCCGAAUAGUCAACGAAGACCUAAACAUCGACCCAGAACGUCCCGACACGCGUAAUGCGAUGCAGUUUUUAAGUUCUCUCGUGACUGAAGGAGACUCUUCUCCGCUUAUCGAAUGGCUGAGAGAAAAAAAUGAAAAUGACAUGGAAGCCAUGGGCAAAAUUCUACAAGGCAGCCUACUUGAGGCUUACGGUCAACUUCAGACACUACGAACUCGGAUUGCCCCUUUUCUUCAGAAGGAGUUUAAUACGUACCAGGACUUGCUGAAAAUCGUUCGCACCUCUGAAGAACGUUUUGCUGAUCGUAUUUCUGGUCGCGUCCAGCCAGUCAAUUGCAAAUGGCUGACCAGCAUGCUGCCAGAAAUUCAAGCUGCUGUUCGCGCCAGUAUCAUUUCACCUUCUGAAGAUGCCAAAGAAAAACUGGCCAAAAUCUGCCAAGUUGUUAUCAGACCAACAAAUGAAUCCUACUCGAUGGAGAUCCACCUACAUCCAACUGGAUCGCUCACAGUGGAAGAAUUGAAGCAAGCGUUCCAGCUACUAGACAUGGCUGUAGCCGGCGAAUCUGGCGAGAUCGAUGACGUGGUCGCUUGCGCUAGGAGAAAUGUGGGCCGAAUCGUGCAACUCUCGGAAAUCUUUGAUCGUCUUUUUGUUUCCGGGUGCAUCUCCUAUACUUUCCGUAAGCAAAUAGUAGUUGAACUAGUCGAUAUGGAAAGCGAAAUCCGUCGUUUACGUGAACAGUUUGAAGAAUGGAAUAAAACAUGGGAAAGUGUUGAAGAAUUGCCCAUUUUGGCGCUGUUUUCGCGCAGUUAUCUCCUUCGUCUUGCCGACUUGAUUGCCCAAAACGAAAAAGAAAGCGUCUCCUUUAUUUUACGAAUUCUACUGCCUUCGGCGUCAUGCAAAAUGGAAACCUUAAUCGAUCAGCUCGCGAACAAAGCACCGCGCCUCGGCAGUAUCGGAAAUUGGCUGACAACUGCCCAGUUUUUCACAAUCCUUCGGGGUUUGCACCAAGUUCUUGAAAUCGUUUUUCACGAAAAAAGACCUGAACUUGUUCUUCCGCCUUUUCUCAUUUCCUAUGCAGGAAAAUUGCAGUCUUACUUUAUCGACAAAGCUGUUGUCAUCUUGAACGUUACGUUUGAGUUCUUAGUGGGAAGUUCAUUGGCCGCCUACAUGUCGCUGACUCGUCAGCCGAUCGAACCUAGCCGAAUUCUAUUCGUGACGACCAAUACGGAACAAUCAGAAGUGAAACGAUUCAUGAAACUUUGGGCUGUCGCUAGUGCAGUGGAAGAUUUGUUUAUGAUCGUUCAUGUCGAGAGACUCACGCCUGCUGGCGCUAAUGAAAUUCGUGAUGGUAUUGAUCGAAUUUCACCAGAACGCCGAACAAAACUCUUGUUGUUGGCACAGCACCAACAACGUGUCCAGGCAACACAAUCACUGGGUGCUCGGCUCGGCCUUGAUUCGGAUCGUCUGCUUGAAAUCAAUUUUACUGCCGAACAAUUGCGCCCCUUCGUUUCCAGUCUUUUGCCCAACGCAGCGAAUCUCCAUUUCUUCAGCUCGAAAUUGCCGGGCUGCGGCAAAAGCCAGCAAGCUUUGCUAAAAGCAUCCUGUCAAUUGCCAGAACCAGAUUAUUAUCGCAUGUCCGUCAGAAUCGGAACCGUGGAGGAAUUGCUGACCAACUUCCAAAAAAUCGAAAGUCGUCCUGCUAAGACGGAAAUACAAGUUCCAUUUCUUCACCUAGAUGUCGCGCACUCCGUCUCGUUCGAGUUCAACGACAUGCUACUAUUGCUGCUAAUCCACGGAGCACUGUACGACCCAAAGAAGGCCAAACUAGGGUUUUGGAUUAUCUCUCCGCAGACUACCAUCGCCUUGGAGUUUGCUUCCCCCUUUGGGGUGAAAGAGUUCCCCGUCAUCGCUUACGUGGGCGAACACCACGAUUGCGAAUGCAACAAGUCAUUUUUCAGCUAUGAUUUAGCUGUGAUGCCAAUGGUUCUCGGACAAUCAGUUAGACUCAACCGCUCUAAUGGCCUUGUUGCUGCUGGUAAAUUCCUGCGGAUUCAACAGGCUGGAGAGGAAGGAUUACGUGCCUGGGAUGAACUUUGUUCAUCCCCUGUGUCUAUUAUAACGGACCCUCUGCCAAAAGACCUUACCUUCGAUCUGUUGGUGGCCUCUUUUCAGCACGCAGAAAAUCGAGAUGCUCCCACGUUUACCGCUUUGAACGCAAUGGCCUCUUUCCUCUUUAGGCACAUCUCGGCUAUGAUUAAUUGCAUGUGGUUCAACAAGUCAGCCGUACAUCUGUUUGAGCGUGAAGAUUUGGCCAGAAUCUUUAAACAGAAUGUUUUUAAUAUGUUACUUAAAGUAGCCAAUGAUAGCAUUGCCCGUUGCUGGUCAAUAGCCAAUCGAGGGGAGAAAUUGAAUGAAAUGGAUUGGAUCAAUCGUCAGAGAGCCAUGUUCCUGCUUGGAGUCGGUAACGAUGGCUCUGUCAGUGGGAUGAAUGUCGUGGGCCGUGAUGCGGACGCAUUGAAAAAUAUGUUUCACGCUAGCGUACUACCCGUUCUACAGCAGCAGUGUCUUCUGUUCCAGGAGUUUCACGGAUUUAGAAAUUUAAUACAGAACCCGACGGGCGCCGAAGUCAUUCUGAAUGCCAUGAGAUCUCUAUUGCUCCUAGAUGGCACCACCAGUAGCGCUGCCAAGGUUUACCAGCUGGAUAGCCAUCCAAGCCAUGUUCCAGUUAGCGAUCGUUUACGUCAAUUGAUUGGACAAGAGCAAGGGUAUAUACUUACCGGUGAUAAUAUCACGAAAAUGAUGUUUGCUUUAUAUCGAAUUCGCUGUGGCCUACCCGUCGUGGCUUUUGGAGAAGCUGGCGUUGGCAAAAGCGCUCUAUUCCGAUUUCUGAUUGAGACGCUGCUCGGCCACACUUUUGCAGUGUGCAACGUAAACAGCGGAACUUCGAUUCGAUCUGUCGAAGAAUUGAUUGAAUGGGCCAUCACGAUCAUCAUGAUGGACCCUGAAGCUCAAGUAUUUCUAUUUUUCGAUGAAAUGAACACGGCCGACCCACCCGUCAUCGCCUUCCUCAAAGAGCUUAUGCUCGAUCGCCAUUUCUGCGGAACAGUUUUACCAGAAAACAUACAUUUGAUGGCUGCCGCCAACCCUUAUCGACGCUUACGGCAAAACAAUGAAGCGCCUGUCGGGUUGGCUUUCCGGUUUGCCCAAGCCCCAGAAGAAAAUAGAAGCACUACUGACGUGCAAAAUUUGGUGUAUCGCGUCAACGAUUUACCGCUCGCUUUUUACGAACACGUCUACGAUUUUGGCCACCUUUGCAACGAAGCCGAAGACACGUACAUUGAAGAAAUCUGUCGAAACGGCUUGCCGAAAUCCGAGUUCAGCGCCGAAGGCGUCGAAUGGUUUAUCUCCAUCGUCCAGAAAUGCCAUCGAGUAGCCAGAGAGAUGAGUGUUGACCCGGAAUCAGCCGUCUCACUGCGCGACACCACUCGAGCUGUUCAACUGUUCCGUUGGUUUUUUCUAUCUCCAGCUGGCCACCAAAUGUCACGGAACGAUGCGGGAAUUGCGGCCGAUUUGACCAUUUACCUGGUCUACGCGUUCCGAUUCCGCUUGCGAAAAAUGUUCUUGGAGGAGGUCUUUGGUAAAGAUCAAUCAGCGUCCAAGAAUAUGACCGAAGUAUCCCGAAUCAUUGCAAAAAUGCUUUACGAGAACGCACACGGAGCUUCCAUCGGUUCUGGCGCCAUUGCGUUGAACGAUGCCCUUUGCGAAAAUCUUUUUGCAUUGUAUGUCUGCGUCCUAAACGGAAUCUUUCUCAUAAUCGUUGGACGGCCUGGAUCGUCCAAGUCCUUGUCGGUUGAAAUCUUGAAAUUGGUACUUUCUCCUGGCAAUCAUGCACUGCGACACAGCUUAGGAGACUUGCCUGCCAUCACUGAAGUGUAUUUUCAAUGCUCUCCACUGUCAACUUCUUCCGGAUUCAAAGCCCUGUUUGAAUCGGCCAAGAAACUUAGCGUUGACCCAAAGACAAUGCUAGCUAUGGUCGUUCUGGAUGAACUAGGUCUGGCCGACAUGUCACCGGAAAAACCAAUGAAAGUGUUGCACGCCGAGCUGGAACGCCAGUCUGUUUUGACCUCUGGCGAUAAAGGACAAACUCCUUACGCGGUAGUGGCCCUCAGCAAUUGGGUAGUGGACGCUGCUCAAGUGAAUCGAGGCGUCCUCAUUUUACGCACCCAAGCCGACAAAGAGGAUCUAUUGAUUUCAGCUAAACAGCUGACCAAGUCUUUAGUUUCCAAGUACGUGAAGAAAGCGGAAAUCGAACAAAUGACUCGGAUCCUUAGUGGAAGCCUAGAAAGUAUCGUCAAUACGUACGAAGAGCUGGACCAAAGAGAAGAUCUUGGUGGUGGACAUGUUUUCUCCAUGAGGGAUUUCUUUUUCUGCGUCAAAAACUUCGUCUGCUCGGUUUUUGAAUCCGUCGUUCAGAUCAAGACCUCGCGUGAUUUCCGCAUUUCCCAACAUUCACUCAUCCAGUCGGUCAUUCGUAACUUUGGCGGCGCGCACGAGAAGGCCCGUCGAGUGGUCAGAAGAAGCAUGGCAAAUCAUUUGCAAGUAACUUUAACUGCCAUCCCUGAAAUCAACCCAGUGGAUCUCAUCAUUUCAAACGUUCGCGAUUCUUCCAAUCCGCUGUCCAUCCAUAUCGCUAGGCAUUUGAUGAUUCUCAGCCGAUCCCUAAUUGGCCUACAACUGCUGAAUCUCCACGUGAAAAAUAAAUUAGACGAUAACAUGAGCUGGAAUGUUCUCUUCGGUUCCUGUUUCCCAGGCGAUUUGCAAGUGACUGCCGUCACAAGAAAAUUACGUCAAGUAGAGCAAGCCAUCCGGAAGGGCGGUGUGCUGAUCCUGUGCCACGCGGAUCAGCUUUUCGAAUCUCUCUACAUGGUGCUGAAUCAACAGUACUGGGCACAAGGAGAGGUUACCAUGACACAAAUUGCUCUUGGACCAUCCAUUCGGGCCAUAGCACUUCCGCACGGGCCGUUUCGGAUCAUUGCCCUACAAGACACGGAUGUAGCGCUCAAUCGAGAUUUAAUGUCUCCAGCGAUUCUGUCACGCUUUGAAAAGCAUGAACUGAGGCCAUCUCAUCUUCUAGAUGAUGCCGGAAGAGCUUGGCUCAAUGUCAUCGAAUCGCAUUCUAUCUGGCUGGCCGUUCCGCAAGCAAUUAAGAGACAGCAGUUGAUUUGUGGAUACCACCAAGAGUCUUUCUCCACAUUGGCUCUUCAUUUGCAGAACAGAGGCGUACCAAUGGAGCUGGAUCACGAUGAAGAAGAAGACCCGCACAGUGCUACUGCCAUCUGGAUGAGAGCCAUCAACCCGAUGGCCAUGAUCAAGUUGGAGAGGAAUCCCUGUACCCAUCCGAAAUUGUUGGAAUUGUGCAGACACUAUCGUCAUCAUUUCGUUUUUGAGAGCAUAGAUGACGCUCUUCAGAGUAUCAAAUCGAAUCGCUUGGUCAUCGUAACAAAUUCACUUCGCCAUCUGGAAAUCACGCUGAGUAACUCUUCCGUUUACAACCAUUCGGUCAUCCGGCUGUUUGACGUCGAUUCCGAGCUGCAGCUCUUUACACUACUGGAAUCGGUCGGUGAUGACGAUUUCUUCGACCCUAAUUUCUGCCUCGUUGUCCAGUACGACGCCGUAACCGGACCGAUUGAGCAAUUCCAGCUGGCCAAGUACGAAUUAGAGCAGCGUUUCGAGAAGAGUUCAUGCCGUAUCGUGUUCGUCGUUCACGUGGAUCCGCGUCCUUCUAAGAUGCACUGGGUGUUUUCUUUUGGCGACGGCUGGGAUUAUUGCUUCGUUGACGAAGUCGUCCCUAAUGGCCCAUUAGAUCAACAUCAGAUCCCACUAGGCCAGCUCAUCCAAUCAGAUGCUGACCAUUCUUUGUCUCAUUUCAUUAAGAUGAUGACAAUCGAAUCGUUCAAGUCCCUUUUGCUGGAAGUGCUCGGCCCAGUUUUGCAGACUAGUUUAGCUAGUUUACGUCCAUCUUUGGGGAAAUUCUACGCUGGGGUUCGAACGGCCUUGGCACUUCCAAACAACCAAAUCCUUCUUGAGUUGAUGAAAGAAUGUUUGAUAGCUCAACUGGAAGAGAGUCGGAUAUCUUGGCAUGUUGUCGAUGCUGUGAGCGACGCCAGCUUUGAUUCGUCUUCUUCUCUAACCAAAGGCCUGUGGAAUGUUUUCAAGCAUCAAAUUAGCAACCCACUUGCUCAUCUUUUGGUAGUCAGUGACGUCUGGCGCGUCGCUGACGAUUCCUCAGCCAAACUGUGGUGUGAAUUCGUCUCUGCCAACUAUCCCGACCGGCUACUGUCGCUAAACUCAUCCGAUUUGUUCGUCCAAACGCCCAUCGGUUUCGGCGUUUGCGAUUGUUUGUUUGGACGUUUGCUUGUCUCCUUUGAAAAAAAUCAUGGCGCUGAACCACGUCUUAACGGGCCAUUGCAAUGGCUCUUGGACUAUGUGGGCAAGAAUGAAAAUAAUGAUUCCCAAGAGGUCAAACAAGUAUACUUCAUUGAUUGGUUUCUGCUUCACAUUCCGCAACAUUUACACCACUGCCUGAGAAAAUUGCCACUAUCGAAAAUGGUUUAUCUCGUGGACAACUUGUUUGACGAGCCGGCCAUGUUUUUCCUCGAUUGGGAGCACUGGGAAGGGAAGGUGACUGCUGCUCUUGAAGUUGUCAGAAUUGCCUCUUUCGCCAAGCCGGACACGUCAGACGACGACGGCUUCUGGAGCACAGCAACUGGCCGAAUUCGCAAUUGGAAGUCUUUCAUUGAAAUGGCAGCUCGUUCAUCGCUGACGGCCUUGGCCUCACCAGGGAUCCUCAAGUCUCAUGAAAGAUUUAUACAGUCUGUUUCAUCCAUAGAAACUAGUCCGGCUCUUAUUGAAUUACUGCAUCACGUAGAAGACUUACCACAAGUGUGGCUCAGUUUGCGAAUAACCAAACAUAUAUUGCUCUUUGAUCCAGAAUCGGAGGUUAAACUUCGGGAAUUACAGAAUUCGACACCCGAAAAGCUGUUUGACAACCUGACAGAAUUAGCCAUGAACUCAGUCAUUCGACCGAGAGUGGCUACUUGUCUUCGAACAAGACGAUUGGUGCUGCAGGCUGAUUUGUACGCUUUUCUAAAAAGCACCUCAGCUUGUGGCUCUGCAAAACAACUUGCCGAAAUCCUAGAAGAAUGCCCAACAACCAAUUGUUUGGUCUUACGCAAAAAGGGUAGAGACGGAGUAGAUUUGAACAGGUAUUGCCCAAGCUGCACUCAUUCUCUGGCCACCAUUGCAAGUGAACCUCACGGCCAUCUGCGAGCGCCAAGGAAAGAAAUAAUUGAAUCGCUCUUCCAAGAUCAUCAAACAUUUAUGUUCCUUUUCGAACGGGUAGCUGAGCUAUUUAUCCAGCAGCACAAGAACGAUCCACAUCGCAUCCGUGACUUUCUGCAAUUCCUUUCAAGUUCCAAUUGCCGUCUGCGAGUCUCGUGGCGUUUCUUGACCGUCAUCGUACGCACAGUGUUGUCAACUCGAUCCGGCGUUACAAUCAUGGAUGAUAUCUUAUCAUCAAUCAGUUGCAACAAUGUAACUCCUGAUACGAAUGCUAACGCCUACAGUUUAUUGCGAGCUCUGCUCGUCUGCUCAGAUCAAGAUGUGCGCAACAACGCGCUAGAGGAACCAGCAGAAGAUUUGAUUCAAGCAGCAAUGACGGGCGAUUGGACGAUGGAUCGCAUCCGUAAACUUGCCCUCAUCCGCCAGCGACUUGCGCUGAAUGAAAAUGGAACAGCAAAUGCGAUCGCAGAGUGGGCUCGUUGGCGAGAAAAUCGAAGCGAUCAAUCCAUCACAGAUGCUUUGCUCUUCUUCAUCUUGCGUUUUUCGUCAGACGAAGGAGAUACGACUCGAUUGAGCAACAUUCUCCACGAUCCGCGAAUAGCCAAAGAACUCGAUCAUCACAAAGUUGUAAGAGAUUUUAUCGUGACGUUGUCGCCAUUGUCACUGGGUUUCCCUCUACAAGCUGCGGCCGUGACAGCUAAUCCCUUUCAAGAAUGCCUGUUGCACGGGAUCAGUACUGGCAACUUCAUAAAAUAUCCUGUUCUACUGGAACUCCAACCUGUCUGGGCCCCCUUUAUCGCUCGAUUGGCCUAUCACGCCUAUGAUGUUUUUGUGGUGAAGCGAAUCCAUCUGUUAGAAGAGAUGAGUUCUAACUUGGCUGCCGCUGCCCAGUUUCUCUUGCCUGGAAUGGACAAUCAUCCUUACUUACCGAGUUUUAUAUUGGAAGCCAACCGUUGGUACCUGUGUACAUGUGAUACUCUUUGUUGUCUUGGAAACUGCGGACGACCAGUAGCACAAUCUGUUUGCGACAAUUGUCACGUCGCACUUGGUGCAAACCACGAACUCCGCGCAGGAGUUCGAAGCGCCACCAUCGAGGACUUCCAACCUCCGAGUGGCAUCUACAUGACUCGAGUACCGGUCGUGACGCCAAAUUUUGCCGUGCGAAAUUGCACUCCAGUCGUUACCCGAUUUGCCCUUUUGCUCAAUUCAUUGGCAUUGAUGAAUGCUGCAUUAAAUCCACGGACACAGCCAGAUGACAUUUGUAAUCUCCUUCUAACGUUACCACCGACUGAACGCCAACCAGUUGAAAAUUGUGGUUCAUUGAUGCAAUUGCUAUCGAACCACAUCAUCGUUCAUCUAGAUCUUCUUUGCCAAUUACUGGUGACCUCUCGACCGCAGCUUACCAUGACCGACAAGUUCCGCAUUGGUCAUUUAUUGCUUCACAAACUACUGGCUUCAUCAGAUCCUUCAUUUUUCGCCAAUGCUACGAAAUUUAAAAGCAAACCGCAGGCCAGGGAAGCAUUUGAAAAUGGACUCACCAGUUUGUUGGUUCAGCAAACGAAUCUGGCUGAAGAGCUUGAUUACGUCGCGCAAUCCGAUGAAGCCACGAUGGCAUUCCGUCAAUCGUUAUUGCACAGCCAAACGUCAUUCUGGGCCUACGCUCGAAGAGUCUUUUCCGAUCGACGAUGCGUACAACUGGAGCUGACCAGGAACAACAGUUUGCGACUACCAUUCCUAAAUUUGUUGCUGGACGUCAACUACAUGGACAAACUGGACGCUUUGCAGUAUUUUGGCCCUGCUAUGCGCUUUCUUGCUCUCGUUCGCACAGUCAUGUCGGGUGAGAUCACCCAGGAAGAAGCUAAUGACAUGUCCAUUGCCCAGGGUUUGGAAAAGAUGGUGGAAACAGUCGGCCGGAAAGCUGUCACUUUGGACCGCGGCCGACCCGUAAAGACGAAAGAACAUGUAAUGGAUCUGUUUGACGGCUUCAAGCAGUUGUGGGAACGGUUCAGUCAUUUGCAGAAUGCGGAAAACAAAACGUUUCUGGAUUAUUUUGAAUGCCAACAGAUCGAUGCCAACGUCCGACCGAAAGCGGUGCUCGAACAAACAGCACCUCUGAUCUUGAUUUGUGCUGGCAGUGAACUGCCAGAGGCUACGUUCUGCUACCAAUUACUAAAUCACGCUGCUGAAGCUGCUUCGUCUAUCGCGCUCAACAGCUUCAUCCAGCCUCAUUGCCGUCCAGGAUGUGUCCGGCUUUCUUGUUCCAGCGCUGCAGCUUUAACCGAUUUCGAUGAGUCGUUGUACGCUCACGUACCUGCCGAACUAGUCGAUCGUUUUAUUCGCGAUCAUCUUAUCGAUCAAGCUACCCUUCAAAUAGCGGAAUCAUUUGCCAGGACCGCCAUCUUAGGAUCAGCUGGCAGUACAAUUGCAGAAAAUGUGUCUCUUGCUGUCAUCCCUGAAUUUGUUUUUAAAGACGAUACGGAAUCACGUAACUAUUUGCUAGUCCUCGAAAGAAGAUCUCUAAAGUGGCAGCCUUCGUCUAUUCCGCCUCAUUUACAGGAACUCAUCCUAGCCGAUUUGGAGAAAAAUCGAAUCUUGGCUGAAGCUCAAUCUGUCCUCGUGUCUGCCAUUACCCAUGUUUAUUCCAAUACUGACCCACUUGUCAUUCGUAAAGUGCGCAAUCACUACGUCUCCGACGUGUUGCAGGAGCUGACGAGGGCAGAAAUCUUGACUGAGCGUCAUGUGUCGAACGCUACCCUCGACAUCUUCAAUCGUCAUUUGAGACUGGAAGUUCGCCAUAGUUUUGAUUUACUCAAAGCCAUUACGAUGCGUAUGAAAGGAGAUGAUAUUUUUGGUGGACGUGUUCCAGAAGGCUGGACAGCGUUGCUACCGGAAUGCUUAGUGACCUUGACUAGCCAGAAAUUGCGCUCGCACAUACCAGACAUUGUUGAAACCUUAUUACGAAUGAUCGAUAUUAUCGCAGUUGCAAAUCCUGUUGUGCCUAUUUGGCUUACACCAGACAAAUCACUUUUAUAUGCCCUACGGCAGAUUGAAGGUCCCGAUUGGGAUGGAAUUCCUGCUGAGCUCAAAAUGGAACAUCUCGGCCAUGUAUUAUUGAUUGCCGAGUCCCUCGCCAAAAUUUAAGCCAUUUUUACACGAUCGUAGACAGUGUCGUGCCUUUAGUGUGUAGAAUAAUGCAGCUAAUCCAAAUGAAUUUGACCAAAGAUUGUAUUAAUCAAGAUUUUUUUAAAUAGCAAUUUUCCAAUCCAUUUUCUUGUAACGUGUGUAUCCUUGAAGCGUUCUCAAGAUAUGAACAAUAAUACGGUUGUCUUUUA